AUGGUCUACUCCCUCUCGUCCUCGCUCCCGCUCCUCGUCUUCGCCUUCCUGGGCCCCAUCAUCCGCCGCAAGACGCCCGAGGGCUUCGUCCUGACGGCGUGGACGAGGCAGCGCUACGGCACCGUCGCCAUGCUGUACCUCAGCUUCAUGACGCUCGUCACCCUGUUCCUCUACAUGGUCGCCGAGCUGUCCGCCAUCGGCCAGGUCGUCAACGCCCUGACGAGCCUGGACGGCUUGCCCGUCAUGAUUGUGCAAUGCGUCGUCACUACCAUCUAUACCUCCCUCGGCGGUUUCCGCAUCUCCUUCGUGACGGACAACCUCCAAGGGGCCAUGGUCGUGUGCCUCAUUGUCAUCGUCGGCAUCGCGAUGGGCGUCAAGACGGACAUCGAUACGUCCCUGAUCGAGAGCUCGGGCCUGCUGAAGCCCACCCUGCUCGGCUGGCAGCUCCUCUACAUCCUCCCCGUCUGCAUCCUCACCAACGACUUCUUCCUCUCGGGCUUCUGGCUGCGCACCUUCGCCUCCAAGACGGACAGGGACCUGCGCGUCGGCGUGUCCAUCGCCGUCGCCGUCAUCCUCUGCAUCCUCACCCUCGUCGGCGUCACGGGCCUCGUCGCCGCCUGGUCGGGCGCGCUGCCGCUCGACCAGGUCGCCGAGAACGGCUCCGUCGCCUUCUUCCUGCUGCUCGAGCGCAUGCCGGCCUGGGUCGUCGGCCUCGUCCUCGUCAUGGUCUGCACGCUCUCGACCGCCGCCUUCGACAGCCUGCAGUCGGCCAUGGUGUCAUCCGCCUCCAACGACCUGUUCCGCAACCGGCUCAACAUCUGGUGGAUCCGCGCCGCCGUCGUGCUCGUCAUCGCCCCGACCAUCGUCAUCGCCCUCAAGGCCCCGUCCGUGCUGCAGAUCUACCUCAUCUCCGACCUCGUCUCCGCCUCCGUCAUCCCCGUCCUCGUCCUAGGCCUCUCCGACCGCUUCUACUGGUGGCGCGGCUUCGAGGUCGUCGCCGGCGGCCUCGGCGGCAUCCUGACCGUCUUCCUCUUCGGCCUCGUCUACUACGACGGCGACGCCUCCAGGGCCGGCAACCUGCUCAUCCUCUCCGAGGGCCUGUACGCCGACGACUGGAGCGCCUUCGGCGCCUUCGUCGCCGCCCCCGUCGGCAGCUUCCUGUGGGGCUUCGCCGCGCUGGGCUGCCGCCUCGCCUUCCAGUACGUCGCCGCCAGGCGGAGCGGCCGCCGCUUCGACGCCCUCGACGACCCCGCCGUCGCCCCCGACGCCGCCUCCGCCGACGGCGCGCCUCGCUUCGUCGAGAGGGACGAGUACGAGGCCACCUCGGACGUCGAGGUCGUCAAGCCCGCCGGAAAGUUCUUCUAA